UCCCUCAGCAGCCCGCCCUUCGCCAGGGGUGGGGCCGCGGAGCCGUCCCUGCGCCUUUCGGCCCGCGCGGCGCACCGUAGCAGGCAGCCUGCGGCCGGCGGCGCGCGGGGAACGGAGCGGGGAGCGCGGCGGUUGCCAGGGUGCCGCUGCCAUGGCUCUGGGCGAGGCGGACGCGUUGGGCCCCGAGGCGGAGGAGAGCAGGGCCCAGGAGCUGGACGUGAUCGCCCGCGGGAGCGCCCUGGAGAGCUUCACGGAGAGCCAGGAGGUGCGGGGGCUCGUCGGGGGCCUGGCGGCCGUGUGCGGGGACCGGACGGCUCGGGAAACGGCCGUGGAGAAGUUCAUAGUUAUAAUGGACAAGUACCAGGAGCAGCCUCACUUGUUGGAUUGCCACUUAGAAUGGAUGAUGAAUUUGUUGCUGGAUAUAAUACGGGAUAGUGCAUCUCCUUCCGAGCUAUUUCAUCUGGCUUUUAAGUUUCUUUACAUCAUUACAAAGGUGAGAGGAUACAAACGUUUCCUCCGAUUGUUUCCUCAUGAAGUUGGUGAUUUACAGCCUGUUUUGGAUAUGCUUGUGGACCAGAAUCCAAAAGACUGCGAGACUUGGGAAACUCGUUACAUGCUUUUAUUAUGGCUCUCCAUGAUAUGCUUAAUUCCUUUUGAUCUGGCCCGGUUUGAUGGAAAUACUGUUUCUGAAGAGCACGCUCGCAUGCCAACAAUGGAUCGCAUACUUAAAGUAGCAAAAUGUUACUUGGUUGUCAGCGAUAAGGCUCGAGAUGCAGCUGCUGUACUGGUUUCAAAAUUUAUUGUUCGCCCUGAUGUCAGGCAAAAAAGGAUGGCAGAUUUUCUGGACUGGACUCUUUCAAUGUUAUCUAAAUCCUCCUUUCAGACUAUGGAGGGGACUGUUGUUAUGAAUGGCAUGCUGCAGGCUCUGGCACAGUUAUUUAAACAUGGCAAAAGAGAAGACUGUUUACCUUAUGCUGCUACUGUACUUGAGUGUCUUGAUAACUGCAAGCUAUCAGAAAGUAAUCAGAUGGUUCUUCGCAAGCUAGGGAUGAAACUUGUUCAACGACUUGGACUGACAUUUGUGAAACCAAAGGUAGCGAAGUGGAGGUAUCAGCGUGGCUGUCGGUCUCUGGCUGCCAAUCUGCAAGCUAAGGGUUCAGUUACACAGAGUCAAAUGAUAAAUGUUGCUGCUAAUGAAGCUGAGGAUGAAGAGGCAUAUGACAUUCCAGGAGAGAUUGAAAACGUUGUAGAGCAAUUGUUGGUUGGGCUGAAAGACAAAGAUACUAUUGUCAGGUGGUCUGCAGCAAAAGGAAUUGGUAGAAUAACUGGAAGACUUCCAAAAGAAUUAGCAGAUGAUGUGGUUGGGUCUCUGUUGGAUUGUUUUAGUUUUCAGGAAACAGACAAUGCAUGGCAUGGUGGAUGCCUGGCUCUGGCUGAAUUAGGCAGAAGAGGAUUGUUACUCCCUUCCCGGAUCUCAGAUGUGGUUCCUGUCAUUUUGAAAGCUCUGACGUAUGAUGAGAAGAGGGGAUCAUGCAGCGUGGGUUCCAAUGUGAGAGAUGCAGCAUGCUAUGUGUGCUGGGCCUUUGCUCGUGCUUAUGAUCCCUCAGAACUGAUUCCUUUUAUUAACCAGAUUUCAAGUGCGUUGGUUAUUGCUGCAGUAUUUGAUCGUGAUGUUAAUUGCAGAAGAGCUGCUUCUGCUGCCUUCCAGGAGAAUGUUGGGAGACAGGGCACUUUUCCGCAUGGCAUAGACAUUUUAACUGCAGCUGAUUAUUUUGCUGUUGGUAACAGAGUUAACUGUUAUCUGACUAUCAGUGUGUAUAUUGCUGGUUUUCCUGAGUAUACACAACCAAUGAUCGAUCAUUUAGUUAACAUGAAGAUUAACCACUGGGAUAGUGUUAUUCGAGAACUUUCAACUAAGGCUCUGCAUAACCUUACUCCACGGGCUCCUGAAUACAUGGCAAAUGUGGUUUUGCCAAGACUGCUACCUUUAUCAGUGGGCACAGAUCUGCACACACGCCAUGGGGCAAUUCUUGCCUGUGCUGAGAUCACCCAUGCACUGUGUAAACUAGCAGAAGAGAAUAAUAGAUCUGUAACAUACUAUUUCAAUGAAAAAUCAUUGGAGGGACUGAAGCAAAUCCAUCAAGAGCUUUGCAGUCGACAGUUGUACAGGGGUUUAGGUGGAGAACUGAUGAGACCAGCUGUCUGCACUUUAAUUGAAAAGUUGUCACUAUCAAGAAUGCCAUUUAGAGGAGAUCCAAUAAUUGGGGGCUGGCAGUGGUUAAUAAAUGACAGUCUAAGAAGUCUCCCUCUUGUUUCAAGCACUGCACGACAGCAUAUAAAGGAAUCUGCAGUCUCUGCACUGGCUGCAUUGUGUAAUGAGUAUUACAUCAAUGAAAAGGGAGAAGCUGAUCCAGCUCUACAGGAUGAGCUGGUGACACGGUACAUUUCAGGACUACAAAACACUGAGGAAAUGAUUCGUUGUGGCUUUUCACUAGCUCUUGGGGCCCUUCCAAGAUUUCUGCUAAAGGGCAGGCUCCAACAGGUUUUGGAAGGUUUGAAAAAAGCUACCAUAAUUUCCCCUGAAGAUGUGAGCUUUGCACAAUCCAGAAGAGAUGCCCUAAUAGCAAUUGCAAAGGUUUGCCAGACAGUAGGCGUAAAGGGAGAAGGAUCUCAGGAAGAAUAUGUCUGCAAAGACAAUGUUACUCAGAUUUAUGCUACGCUACUUAAUGGUGUGACUGACUACACCACAGACAGCCGAGGAGAUGUUGGAGGAUGGGUACGUAAAGCUGCUAUGACAAGUUUAAUGGAAGUGACGCUUUUGCUGGUUCAGAAUGAAGCAGAGUUAAUUAAUGCCAACAUUUGCAAACAGAUUAUGUGCUGGCUGGCCCAACAAGCAGCUGAGAAAAUUGAUAAAUUUCGAGCUCAUGCAGGAUCUGUGUUCCUUACUCUUUUACAUUUUGACCGUCCUCCAGUUCCACACAUACCUCAUCGAGAAGAGCUAGAGAGGAUAUUUCCAAGGUCAGAGACAGAAACUCUAAACUGGAAUGCCUCAUCCGAAGCUUUCCCUCGAAUCACCCAGCUUUUGGGUUUGCCAACAUAUCAAUACUAUGUGCUUUUGGGUCUUUCAGUGUCUGUUGGUGGAUUAACAGAGACAACGCUCAGGUACUCUGCCCAGAGCCUUUUCGAGUACAUGAAGAAAAUCCAGAAUGAUUCCAGUGAUAUGGAGAGUUUUUGUGAAACAUUACUCAAGGUCUUUGAGGACAACCUGCGGAAUGACCGGGUGUCUGUACCUCUCCUGACAAUGCUGGACCAAAUGCUGGCAAACGGCUGUUUCGAUAUAUUUACCAUGCAAGGGAACCAUCCAUUUCCAGUGAAGCUAUUUACCCUUUGUAAAGAAGAGAUCAAAAGAUCCAAAGACAUCCGGAAACUUCGCUCCAGCAUAGGAGUGUUUUGUGGCCUGAUUCAAUUUGAAGGAGACAUGAGAGAGAAAGUUCUGUUUCAAUUGUUUCUCCUCCUUUGCCAUCCGUUUCCUGUAAUACGGAAAACAACAGCCAGUCAGGUUUAUGAAAUGUUGAUAACCUACAGUGAUAUAGUGGAUCCUGCCAUUAUGGACGAGGUUAUGACCAUACUCAGUGAUACCAACUGGGAAGCUGAACUAACAGUAGUAAGAGAGAAACGUAACCACCUCUGUGAUCUCAUGAAAGUGCCCAAACCACAGCUAGUAUCCAAGAGUUCAGCACAAUAAAGUUGCAGGCACUGACUGCUGCUUUGCAAACUGAAGCUCUUGGUUCAGGUGCCCUUAGGACUGAAAGAGUUUGUGCUGCGGCAUCUUGACAAACUGGAUUCUCAGCAUGAGCUGCGAAGUACACUGUUUAACAAAAAUAAGAGGCAGAGAUUAUGUCUUACAGCAUUGUGCAGAUAUGCCAUAGGAAGGCAACAAAGAUUCAUUAUGUUCUCCAUUUUUUAAAUUCAUUAUCUGUAGCCACCAGAUGGCAGUUUGUCUUCAUACUUCUGUCGCAAUUGACCUGUUGGGUUUUAGUGGUUUUUUUUUUUGUUUGUUUGUUUUUUUCUGUCAAUGAUUUACACUUCUACAGUUCUGAAUGGAGCCACCAUUCAACCUGUGCUUGCUGUACACACAUCAAGUAUUAAACCUGACUUGGCUGCACUCCUCUCUUAACUUUUUUUUUUUUCUUGAGAUAAGAAUGGCCAUGCUUAUUGAUACGUUACCUUCAGGAAAAUUUCAUUAUAGCUAUAGAUAAAUAUGGCAUUCUUACACCAAAGUCAAACAAAAAAUCCAGGUUUUGCUUCAGCUAACGUCAAAGCAUCAUCUAAUAGCUCUUCCUAUAACUAAAUAAAGCAAAUGUAGUAAAGUAGCUCUAGGGACUGAAACUUCAUUUUUUUCCUUGAAGAAUACAGAGGUGAAUCAGUACUUCAGGGAACUGCUAGGAAUUCAGAAUAUUCCUUAUUGACUACAAAAUGAAAUGGCUGUAACAUUUAUCUUUAAGACUACUGUGAUUGUAGGGCAAAUGCACAGGUAACAUGAUAUUGUAAUUACAUCAUGGUUUUUGUGUUUUUAGUUAAUCCUGCUAUCUCAGCCCUUCAAGUAGAAUAGCAAUUUAUAUAUAUAUAUACACAUCUAUGAACGUUUGAAAGUUAAAAUUCAGGAGGAAGAGCUAAAACCAAACCCCUUUCUCUGUGAAGUACCUGCUACAAACAGCAGCAAUUGUUUAAUGCGUCUCACUGUCUUGCUAUAAGAUUUUUUAUUAUUGAAGAAGAUGAUAAUGUAAUUUGUCAUGUAUAAUUUAACACUUUUUGAGUAUACAUGCAACCUGCACUGGCAGAUGAAAUUCAGGGCAGAUGGGUGUUGUUCUCUGACUAACUAUUAAACAAACGCACAGUCAGUGGCUGCAUGCACCGAAGGAGCCACUUGCAGGCAGUACUGCAGAAGUACUCACGAUCCCCUAGCCUAUGGUGUUAGGCAGUGUCAUUACUUUCCUUAUAGAAUGUACUAGAAAUGAUGAUACGUGUGCUACUUUUCACAGUCCUGAACUAGAGGCUGCCAUGCUUUAAUCUCAGUACUAGUAGCAGGCAGAGCUUUACCUCGCAAUGCACCAGCUGUUGCUCUCUGUAGCAGGGAAUAAGCCAAUAGCAGGGAACAGUUGAGGGCCCCAAACAGUGUUUGACAGAACACUCUUUACAUGUCCGUUGGUUAUAGGCUUUGCUUGGUGCAUUUUUAAGCCUUCCCUAUGGUAACAGUCCUCUUGUAGUCUUAUGGCCUGUAUUUGAUGAUUACUUGAAUUAGAAAUACAAUUCAACAAUCAAACUGAGUUUGGUAGACAAGUGUUGUGCAAUAGUACAAUGAGUAAAUACCAUUAUCAAUGGCAUAACUAGGAGGUCCCUUAAAAGGGAGUUACUCAGAGCAAGGAUUAAAUUAAUGAGGCACAGAUUACCAAAAACGAUCUAAAUCUCUGAACACUUUGGUCUUCCUACACACACACACACACAUACAGAAUAACACACAGAGCUUCAAUGUCACUGCCUUACCUUGGUUUUUAGUUAAAAUGAUAAUAAUCCACACCUUCCUUCAAGUUCAGCAUAUUCAAGUUUGUUUCGAAUGCUCCUCCUGUCAAAUCCUACGGGGCGGGGGAAAAAUCAACCAGACAAAUUUAUUUCAGGUUGUAACAGCUUUUGGUAAUUUGUUUUUUUUUUCAGCCCACAGACAGAAAGUCCAAUUUGCAGAGCUAAACAUAAAUAAAACAAGGCUUAGAAAUGUUUCCAUUCAAAAAUUAAGUUUACGGUAAGAAAGUAGUGUUCAUGUUAGUAUCUUUGGGUGUGUGUAGGGGGAUGUUAGACAACUCAUUCCAAUGCAGUCAAGAACACAGGGAACUACACUGAGAGAGCAAUGGAGAUAAACAUCUGCAACUCUGGCAUAUUUUGUUUUCCAAUUUGCAGAGAACGGACCAAGGGAAUGAGGUUGCCAAAACAGUGAUUUUGUAGAUUUUGAACAAUGAUUAGCCUGGCUGAUGAAACAAACCUUUCAUCAAGCGACUGAAAUACUUUGCGUAGGUAAAGGUAUUUCCUUUUAAGCUGCUGUUGCAUUAGCUGAACAGGAGCCUGGUAGGUUUGCUCCAUGAGUCAUUUUUGAAGGCAGUGAAAUAGACCCUAACACGAAUGUGAUGUCAUUACAAGACAUGUCAACGUCAGCGUUUCUGAGUAUUUCUACAUUGGCCUCCUCUACUGGCUUCCUCCUUAAGUCUACUCCAGGAAUGUCACAAAAAAUGAAUUAACUAUAGCUGUAGGUAAACAAAUUUACUUCAGUGUUCUUUUGGUUGGUUCAGAGCUGCCAUAUUGAAGUUGUAACAAGGCACACCAGGAAGUUAUGAAAACAGAACCCAACC